AUGUCAAACAGUGUAUCAAUAGAAUCGAACCCAGUCCCGUAUAACCUGUUGCUACGACAAUUCUAUGCAAAUGGGGUUUGCAUAGAAACUACCGUAAUCGAAGAGAAGCUCAAUGAGGGAAAUAUUCUAGAGGCCGAGUUCGCCUUACGUGAUGGCUUGUCUCUAAAUUUUGAGAACACCUCUGUGUCUCUGCACCUCCUUCCAACGAUUGAAGAAAAAUCAGAGCAAAAAUCAG